UUUGUUUCAGAUGACUACAAGUAAUCAUAGGCUGCCAAAUAACACUACAGGGACAACAACAAGAUUAAAAAAGGCUGACAGUUCCACAGCAACUUGUACGACCUCAGGUGAAAUACAACAACAGCCGGGUAACCCAGGAAGUUGCGGGAUGGAAGAACAAUGUACAAAUAAUUUUAGGAUAGGAAUUUACGGUUGGAGAAAAAGAUGCCUAUACGUACUGAUCUUAGGACUACUUAUAAUUGUUAUUAUCAAUUUAGCGUUAACGUUAUGGGUUCUUAAAGUAAUGGAGUUUUCCUCGCGGAAUAAUGGACCCAAUAUUGUUUUCAGAUUGGAAUCGCCGACAAGAUCGUUAGGUAUUCGUGCGCCCGGUGGGAUCAAGAUAGAGUCCAGGGCAGGCGAAAUAAACGGGGUGUCUUUUCGGGACAUUAAGUUAAAAUCUGUCGCGGGCGAAAUACGGUUAGAGUCCGGUUCGGUUAAGAUGCAAAACUUGCCGACCGCCAUCCCUUCAUCGAGAUCGACGCAGUCGAAAAGUCACGAAGUUUAUCAACUGUGUGUGUGCAGCAGCGGAAAAUUAUUCCUGGCCCAUUCCCAUGCCAUUUGCGCUUCGGCGGAAAACGACAACGUUUGCCGAUAAAAGAUAAUUUUACCAGAAGAACAAAACAAUUUAUUACUCGAGCAUUUUCUAUUCAUUAACGUGAAGAUAUUGUUUCGAUAAAUUCAUAUACAAAAUAUACGAAAUAUUUUUGCCAAACAAAUUAUCCUUUCUUUAGAACAAAUCACUUUCAAUUUGAAACAAAUCGGAUCGCACUUUAUAAGCAAACAUAUUGACUAAAAUUUCAAAAGCAAUAGCUUUGAAUAAAUUUUCGUCUACCUAAUUAACAUUGUUAAUCCGCAACUUCUUCUCUAUAUACAUAAAUUUUUUUCAAUUUUUCUGAAUGUACCUUUACUUUAAAAAAUAUUGCGUUAAAACUCUUUUUAUCUAAAAUUUAAAGUUAUAAAUAAUUUUCGUCAAAAAUGAUAUUUAUAAGAGAACAAUUUUGAAAGAGAAAACUUAAUUUUGUAAAUCUACUCGCUUUCUCAACGAAAAAUUAAUCUGUUUCAUACACGUAUAAUAAAUUGGUUUGACAUUAAAGUCAAGCAAAGUUUAAAUGAAGUUUUACUGAUAAUCGCAUGUCUGAAAUGACCUAAACUUAUCUAAAAAUUAAUCACAAAUAAUUCAAGCUUACAAUGAAUAUAAAGUAGGUACUGAAGUACUGGCGCGAUCUAAUAAAUAAGGAUAUGCACAAAUUGAAAAUGACUUAUUCCUUAAAUUUACCCUCCCUUAAGUUAAAUCUUUGUGUACAUAUAUACAAAAAAAAAUGUAUAUUAUAUAGAAGAA